GUAUUUCGGAAAUGGCUAGAUGCUAACCGGGACCGUUAGACAAUGUAAUGCCGGUUUUUAUAAACUAUGAGUAGUACCGCGGUCCGCCGGUUUAAAAAUUAACUAACGACAAUAGUAAAAGUAUGUAAGGAGUAAAUCAACCUGAUAAGUACGGGUCAAACUGAUCUGCGGAGCGCCGAGUUCAGUCUCUCAGUGUCCGAGCGGUAUCAGUAGUCCGGGCUUACAUAAUAAUACCUCCACAUAGCGCUGAAUGCAACCCUGUUUGGCCUUGACAGUAGCCCAUCCUAUCUCGGUCCUUUGCACUAAUUAUGCGAACGAAUAUUAACGCAAUAUAAGCACCGGCCGCGUCGAAAUCAUAAUUCGCCCAUUCAUGCAUAUUUCUCGAUCUGCGGCUCACUACCCAUAAUGAGUGACCCCAGUUCCCCCUCUCCCGCUGAAGUAGAGAAUCUCGUGGUUCUUUUCACGUACAUAUAUUUUACUCGAUACUCGAAUGAUCAUACAUGGACAAGGAUCUUGGUUGGGACGCUAUUUGUCCUGGACACCACUUCAACUGGCCUAGUAUCUGACUUGCUAUAUCACUAUCUGAUAACAAUGUUCGAGGUGACAAUGGAUGUCCUGUAUGCAACACCAGCUUUUUGCAUACAAUAUCUCCUUUUGGUCAUUCUCACUCUAAUCACGCAGUUAUUUUUCGCUAGUCGACUUUAUACUGUUUGCGGUGGUCCUACGAGUAUCACUUCGAGAUUCGUCGGCACGCUAGUGCUCUUCUGUGCCUUCAUCGCCUUUGUUUUCGGCUCAACUUCAGUAGGGCAAUUCUUCCAGCAAAGGCAGUUGUCCACAUUCGCUUCGCCCUCCAUGGCAAUUAUCGCUGGCAUCAGCCAAGGCUUCGCAGCAAUCGCGAACAUCAUCAUUUUUAUUGCGAUGUGUUGGUCGUUGCGUCCAGCACGUUAUCCGGACAUGCUCCAGCCCGAGGGGGUGGUUGAAAACCUCGUUGUGGUGUUUGUGGGCCGUGGCCUGGGACUCGUCAUCAUCCAGCUGGCGUAUCUUGGCACAUUUGUUGCAUCACCAGGAAAACCAUAUUGGAUAGCGAUCCAGAUGGUGACCCCCAGGAUAUACGCCAAUAUUGUCUUGGGACUCUUGAUCACCCGGGAAGUCAGACACGGCAUCGGUUUCAACGAAGAAGACACCUUGUCUGAUCGACACGAUUCCCAAAACGAUGCUUUCCCAGGCUCGCUUCGCUUCCGCGACAGAAAAGCAACGCAGCAGUCAUCGAGCUUCUCGCAACAAGCGGAGAACAGCGGGAGUACCGAAAUCGAAGAAGCAAGCAAAUCAUAUUCCGAUGACCAGAACUCGAGGUCCGUUCAUUCUCAUUGCAGCGAACAACAUGGAUAUGACAAGGGAAGUUUGUCAUGAUCCGGAAUUUGCGAUUCGCUGGUCGCACGCCUAUUAAUAUCAUUGUACUAAUCGUCGCUUGUCGUCGUCCCUCCCGCACUCGCUUUCGUUGCUUUCGCUGCUCGCACUCACUUGUAUCAUAUUGCCGUCGGUGCAUACUCUACAUUAGUCCCUGGCUCUUGAAGCAGCUCGGACUUGGAAGACACGUAUCAUAUUACGGACUCAUGAAUAACAUAGCGUAUAUCGCACGUAUCACGUCGCCGAGCAUUCUGUCCUCAAAACAACCGAGGUGAAUAGGUUUA